GGGACUCGCACACGACGGAGGGAAACAUGCAAAAGGAAAAUAACACCAACUCUGGGGAGCACCAGCAAUAUGUUGGACCCUUCAGGCUGGAGAAAACACUCGGAAAAGGCCAAACAGGUCUGGUUAAACUUGGUGUUCACUGUGUUAUGGGCAAGAAGGUAGCUAUCAAAAUCAUCAACAGAGAGAAACUGAGUGAGUCCGUGCUUAUGAAGGUUGAGAGAGAGAUUGCCAUUAUGAAGCUGAUUGACCAUCCACAUGUUCUUGGUCUGUCUGAUGUCUAUGAAAACAAGAAAUAUCUGUAUUUGGUGCUAGAACACGUAUCUGGUGGAGAACUGUUUGAUUAUCUGGUGAAGAAAGGUCGUCUGACUCCAAAGGAAGCAAGGAGAUUUUUCCGUCAGAUAAUUUCUGCCCUUGACUUCUGCCACAGCCAUUCUAUCUGCCAUCGAGAUCUGAAACCUGAAAAUCUUCUGUUGGAUGAGAAAAACAACAUAAAAAUAGCUGACUUUGGCAUGGCAUCUCUUCAGCCAGCUGGCAGUAUGCUGGAGACUAGCUGUGGAUCGCCUCAUUAUGCCUGCCCUGAAGUUAUACGGGGUGAAAAGUAUGAUGGCCGCAAAGCCGAUGUGUGGUCAUGUGGUGUUAUACUUUAUGCACUUCUUGUUGGAGCACUGCCAUUUGAUGACGAUAAUCUCAGGCAACUGUUGGAGAAAGUGAAACGAGGUGUAUUUCACAUUCCACAUUUUGUUCCACCUGACUGCCAGAACUUGCUGAGAGGAAUGAUUGAGGUCAAUCCAGAAAAGCGACUUACACUGGCAGACAUAAACAGACAUCCCUGGGUGACGGCUGGUGGAAAGGGCGAAUUAGAGUUGGAACUGCCAAUGAUGGAGGUUGUCCAGACACACAUUAUACCUUCCAUUGAUGCCAUGGAUCCAGAUGUGCUUCAGGCCAUCUCUAGUCUCGGUUGUUUCAAAGAUCGGGAAAAACUAAUUCAAGAAUUGUUGAGCCCAAACCACAAUACUGAAAAAGUUAUCUACUUUUUACUUCUGGAGAGGAAGCGCCGUCGCCCAGCAUUUGAAGAUGACACAGAAGCAAUUGUCAGAGUACGCUCAGAAUCAAGUGAUCCUCCCAGGAAAAGAAUAGAUACUUGCAAAGUUAAUGGUACUGCUAAUUACCAGUUUGGGCAGAUAAGUGAAGGUUCACCACUUACUCCUCGUCGCCAGCAAUUUGGCUCUGGAUCUACCAGGCACCACAGCAGGCGAUCACCAGCAAGUGUUCAUUCAACUAGCAACCACCAGGUGACCUCACCAGUUGCAACACUACAUGCAGGCCUCAAUAAUGCGUCACCUGGCAACCUAUCUCCUGGCCCACAGAGGGCAGCAUCUGCGCACCAUCACCAUCAUCACCAUUACCGGCCUGUUGGUUUAGCUCCACCAUCACCCCAUCAUCAGAGAGCCAAUAGCAGUGGUGGGACGCCUGAAAUCAAUACAGAUGCUUCAGCUGGUCUGAGCACUGUGAAUGUGGCACCUUGUACCCCACCUGGAUCACCACAUACAAGUACAACAGGCCAUCAUUGGAGAUCUAGGCUUACAACAAUAAAAAAUAGUUUUCUUGGGAGUCCCAGGUUCCAUCGGCGGAAGUUGCAAACAUCCUCAGAAGAAGUACACCUUACACCUGAGUCUUCACCUGAACUAACAAAGAAGUCAUGGUUUGGCAGCCUUAUGACCACUGAAAAAGAUGAAACCUUCACUAUAUUGGUCAAAGGAAAACCAUUAGCUACAGUCAAAGCUGAUCUCAUUCAUGCCUUCUUAUCAAUAGCAGAACUCAGUCACAGUGUGUCGAGUCCGAUGUCAUUCCGAGUCGAGUACAAGAGGGGUUCUACUGCUCCAGCCAUGUUCCAGAGACAAGUCAGGUUCCAGGUGGAUGUGUCCACCAUAACAAAACAGUCUGGAGACAGCCCCAAGGAGUACCUGUAUGCUAUAACCUUCACUCUCUUGUCAGGUAACAUCAGGAGGUUCAGGAGGGUCUGCGAGCACAUCCAGUCGCAGGUGUGCAGUCGCAGGCCGCCCCCUUCCCCACGAGCAGCACGCAAGUUCACCACCGAGCUGAGUGAAAGCUCCAGCUGUGGUUCCGACACGUCUGAGCGACUGUCUCCUUACCCUGGCACAAGGCAGGUGGAAUCUGACAUCGAAAGUGACACCUCAGUGUUUGAUGUCAAAUCUCCAACGCGAGACACAAGCCCAAGUGGAGGAGGCAGCAGUGGAAGUGGAAGGAGACGGAGUUGCACCAGCAGCAAUAACAACAAUAAUGGGGGUGGCAGUGGAGGCGGCUCAGGGGGAGAGAGCAGCAGUGGUGCCACAACAGUCUCCUGUCCCACGUCCACUGAGACAAUGACUCCUACCCUUAAGGCAGUGCGUUCAAGUAGUGAAAGCCCCAGUGGAGUGGUGGACGCACAAGGUUCAGCUACGUGAGGACUGAGCCAAUAAGAGUGUUCAACUCCCUGUUUGAACUGAAGAGCAACAAAGCUUUUUGCAGCAUUUUUGUGGCUUGGUCAUGAGGACUGCUCUAUUCACAAGAUGCUGGUCCUGGGAGUGUGUUUACACUCAACUUUCUCCCUCAGACUUCAAGUGAAAAAAUUGUGAUGAGUAUUAAAAAGUGCAAUAGUGGCACUAGUUAUCAGGAAUGCUUUCAUAAGAGUAAGGCAAAAAAGUCUUUUAUUUUGCAUAUGAUUACUUUCACAUCAUCAGCUGACUAUAUAUAGGAACACUGCUUCAGCAGAGCACAGAACUAAAAAGACAGCCUUAGUGAAAAUGUUGCAGAUGACAGCAAGUUUCAGUGGAGAUAGUUGAGAGAACUGUCUGUUACACUGAACUUUUACAGGCUUUACAAAACAAUGGUGUGUAAUAUGUAAAUUGCACCACUGGAUGACAUUCCACAAAUGAAGCACAUUUUAUGAUGCCUCGUCAUAAUUCUAAUUUGUGAAGAGCUUUGAUUUUAAUCUGAUAGAAUAAAUAAGCUUGUUCAGGGAACGUUUAUUCAGGCCUUGCCUCGCAGUUUUCAUUUAGAUAUGCAUGUUGUACUGUUAUAUGUGUAUGUAGUAUUUAUGAGAAAAGUUGUACAAUCAGUUGUUUUCAGAACAUUUUUGCUAUGCUGGCCAGUGAUAACUUGUGCAAUAAAUUUAAUUCUUGUGAUUACUGUUAUUAAAUUAGUUACUGUUAUCCAGUUUUCAAAAAAAAUUGCAACAUUGUAUUAAAUACUGAGUUGAAAAGUUGUUGGCGCAUCCUCCUCCUCCUCCUCACUUUUUUAAUCUGUAGGGUUUAUGAAUGCCUAGCAGAGAGAGAAUUAUGUAAUUAUCUGCUUUCUUCCUAAUAAGGCAUUAAUUCCCUAAAAUGUGAGGAGUGACAGGCAAAUGCAUCAUCUUAAGUAAAAUUGUGAAAUGUCCCACCAGGGAAAUUAUGCCGUCAUCUUAAGUGUAUAUUACUGUUAAUUUAGCACCAGUGUUGUGACUCUAUUUGAUAACUGAGGAAAGACUGUGUUUAAAUUGCUAAGUAAUGCUGAAAAUGUUAAAACUACUCUCUAAGUUUGUUUCGUCUUUUACACUGAUGCUAUUUAUUUAUUAGAUUUCUGUGUUAUAACUAAUUAUGAGCACUUCACAAACAGUGAAAUAUUCUGGUAUACCAGAGUUAUUCCAGGUAGAAAAACGAUUUACUGGGAUAAUUUUUAUCAUAUCUUUUAUAUGUACUGAUGCAUAUUAGCAGUCAUAUGCAGCAAUGCUGUGAUAUUACUUUUAGAUUGAUACAACUGAUACGUUACCACGUUUUACACAUUUGAACAUUCCUAGUAGAUAAGUCCUUUCAAUUAAUUUAAUUGUAUUUGGGGAAACUCUACCAUUUCUGUCUCUGUAAACAAAUUUACUCUGCAAGGCUUCUGUAUAUGAUAACAGAAUUCGUUUUGCUGUGGUGUUGCACUGCCUUGCCAGAAUAUGUUGUACAUAAUAUUAGCAAUCAUUCGCCCUCAGACUUAUUUGUCAUUUACUUUUUGAUGAUAUUCAUAAUUGGCUGGCUUGACUAUUCCCUCACGUAUUGCUGAUAAGACUGUUUUGCAUUAUUUUUCAAUAUCCUAGAUGGUAAGCUGAUUUCCACUUUCAAAACUAUUGUAAUGUGUAACUGAAGUAACAACUGCAAAUUGUAAUAGCAGGACAGAAAGGAAAGGCAAAAAUAUGAACCACUGAGGGUUGUACUUUUGCAAGUAAUAAAUGCAAGAGAUGUUUGUUUCUCAAAUGUAUAUGCAUAACGAGAAUAAGACUAACUUCUUAGGGUGAGCUAAUUUGUUUACAAAUGAAGGACAUCAGUUAGAAAAUGCCAGAACCAUGUUUUCAUUACUCUUGUGUGAAUCUGCAUAGAUGUUAUACAAGCUGAUUAUGUUACAAAAUCAAAUACAAAUAUUUGUUCCUGUAGCAAGAGUAAAAACAUAUUUUUAAUUCAAUUGUGACAUUCACAUUUACUUUUAUUUUUUCACAGUGCUUUAAUGAUGACUUGUAUAUGUUAUUCCCAUUCUUUCUCUUUGAGGUACAUGCAGUUUCUAGCAUUCCACUUCUGUAGUCAUUUUUCAUCUUUAACUUCCACAUAAUCUAAUUUAAUGAAUCAGGAAAUGCACAGAAAAACCAUGCCAU